AAUACUGCAACUGAAAUUUAUAAAUUAUCUACCUGGAAUCACAGCAGAUUUUGUUUCAAAUUCAACUAGAAGGGCGCCGCGGAUGGAUGGGGUAUACCUCGGUUUAAUUUGGUCGGUUUCUUGAGACCUUUGAAGAAGGGUUCAAGAAACUGUUAGCUCGUGACUUUCAGCUUGUACGUUUGGCAUGCGUAUUGCACUCUUGGUCCAUGCUAUUCUUUUGGUAAGGGCUACAAGACCAUAUUGGACAAGCUUGGAGGUGCCCAGUAAUAUCCAUGAAUACCUCAACGUAAAUGAGAUAAAGUGUCAACGACAAUAUGAAGUGGAAAUCUAACAACAUGUGGAACUGUGUUGCGGCAGUAAAAAGCAGAUGUCAUUUGUCUGGAUGUGAAGGACGUGCAGGAGAAACUGUCAGCAUGCCUCCUUCGGUCUUGGUCUCUUCAGACUUGUCGGAACUGUUGCUCCAAACAUGAAGCUGCCUGCACAGAGGACUGCCAACCAUCAAUCCCUCCGAUGAGCAGAUAGUCGACAACGUUCAACCGCUCAUGAAACCCCGAAGCAGACCAAGGUUAAGGUCAGACAUCGUAGAUUGUUGACUCUCAUCGCCCCAAGACAGUCUCCCAUGGACUACGGCUCAACUUCCCCUCAGUCCUCACAGUCAAAACCAGUGGACCCCUGCCGUGCAGCAAUUUUUGACUACAGAAGACGGCCAGAUUAUUGGCGCGGACCCAAGUCUUGUUCUGCUCGAUCAGAACGGGUCCAACCAGCCGACAGCCGUCACGAGGCGACUUCUCAUUCCUUCAUUUGGAAACUGCUGGAUAUCGAUAUUCGCUAAGCGGGAGUUCGUUGAAGAUUGUGAUCAAUAACAUCUGAAGAUUAUAUCUCUUACCGAGGAUUCCAUGAUCCACUUAUCCCUAUUUGUCUCCAUCUCACUACGUAGAGCUGUGGAGAUUGUAAACUUUGUAAUAGAGAUGCCUGGAGAGAUCAAGUUAUGUGAGUGAAAUAUGAACUUCAUAACGUUUUAAAGAGUUGGACAUAUCCAAUUGCAAACUUUAUUAAAUAGCCAUAGGAGACUAAGAAUUUAUAUAGGAAAAUGAAAAUUAUGAGGAAGGAAAUAUUCAAUGAGAUCCAAGUGUCAUCUUUGAUAAAAGGAAUCAACAUGUACUGCAAGUAA